AUGUCUGGUUUCGACUGGGCCGAUGAUGUGGAGGACGCGCUCCAGCGGUAUGAGCUGUUGAAGCCCACCCUCCAUUUUGGCUGGGCUGAGGGUGCGGAGGAUAUGUUCGAGACAUAUGUUGAGUCUGACAUCGACAUCUCUUCGGAAGCAGGCAAUGACAUCGCUCCUGAUUUGGAAGAGUGCCUUCAACCAGAAGACUUCUACUGGGAUAAAGAACUUGACGAAGAGCUGGAGGUUGAAGAUCCCACUGAGGAAGAGUCGCAUGAGAGACCCUGGGAAAUCUGUCGGCCUAGCGUUAUACCCUGUGUCAGAGGCUAUUCGGAGAUUUCGUCGACAGAACCCCAGGAUAAUAGCGUCCAAGGCUUCUCUGUGGGUACGCUGAUGGAGGAGGAAGUUCAAUACGAGUUUGAAUUUCGAGAUUUCUGUAUAGGACAGGAUCAAAGAAGGCUAAUACACCAUUUCAACUGGUUUGGCUGCCCCGUCUACGAACCCAGUGGCACUCCACCAGCAAUUUCAUUGCUUUUCCAAAUGGCAAAACCAAAAGUGCCGAAGUACGGGGACGAACUUCGCUUUCAAUCGAUCUUCUCGAGAGCUACGACAUUUAUCGACCCGGUCAUUGUUGAACUCGAGAAGGGCCCAGAUGAUCUAGACAGGGGGGGCUUCAAACUCGUCCAGUUUGCUACCGGCCGUACUUCCAAGUUCUAUAGCCUACAUGGCCGAUGGACUGAGGACAAGUUGGAAAGGGACGAGUGCAGGACUCCAGACGAGGGAAAAGUCGAACAAUACCAGAAGGAUUUUGUGGUCUGCAGCAACGGCUUGGUUAGCCGCUGCACCAUCCCCUCAAGGUAUAAGUGGGAAUGUCAAAAGGCCGAACGUCAUAGGAAGAGUGAAUCUUCUCGCAGAAACGCAUGGGAUUUUUACAUGAAAAAGCAAAGCAACGUCUACAAGUCAUCUCCAUUGAGCCGGUUGAUAGAGCCGGCUGAUAUCGAAUGCACCGCAGGCAAACAAAUGUCUGCUUCAUCUUGGAAAGUGUUCAUGUUGGCUCCUGGCUCCAUAGAAGACGAUGCGAAGACGCUCAGCGAUAGGUCACAUGAACAAGAGCUUGUGGGCAUCCCUAGUGACUCUAUCCAAUGCUAUGCGCUCUGUGUAGCAACAGGCGUCACCGCCGCAGGGACAGGGUUACCAAAGACAGAUCCACAGAGUCAUGAAAUACACACAACCGCCAACCAGGCAGCUGACAUUAUGGAGAUGUACGAAGACUGGUUGGUCGUGGACACUGCCACAUCAGAAUCAUCUCGGUUCGGAAUGGAAGCAACUGUUGAGGAAGACACUUUGGAGACCCUCGACGGGGCAUCAGGAGGGAAAGAGCCAAUUGUCCCUAUUUUGAAGGGGGUUCUUAGUCACCUGGGAAGCUUGCCAGCUGCUCUAAAAGCCUGGAAAGCAAAGCUAAAGAAAGGGAAGAUAGCCAAACACUAUCGAUCCAUAUGCACCAAGGCUCCAAAGGUGCUACAGAAAAGGAUCUUUACACAUUAA